AUGCGAACAAAUAAACCAUUGCAGUAUGUACAAAUAUUAACACAACUAGAAGAACGCCUUGUCUCACUUAGAAUUGCAUUUGCCCAAAUUUGGGAACUAGGAUACAAAAGAUCUCAAAUGGGAUUAACAGGCUCUAUCAUCAAUGUUCCAGUUAACAUGAACAUUAUACAAAAAGCAUUGCCACAAUCAGUUAGCAAUACAUCAACAAUUGUUGUAUCUCUAAAAAGACACUUGGAAUAUAAAAAUGCAUUCCAAACAGGAAUGGUGCGACCAAAUAUGGUUAUGCAAGCUCUUGACCAAUUAACAAAAACUACAUUGUACAUAAUGGAAAAUGUUGAAAUAAACAAUGAUUGGAAACAAGCUCUACAAAGCAACAGUGAAAAUGAAAACAAUGUUAAAAUUAGUGCAACUGAAAUUGAGUCAGAAAGUGACUUAGAACAAGAAAAUCCAUCUGAAACUUUGAUACAUGGAUUCACUGAGUCUGCAUGUAUACAUAGAAUGCAGGAUAAAAUCAUAGAAAUUGCACCCACACAAGAUAAUUACCCUAUUGGAAUCUUUAAAGACAAAUAUGCUGAGGAAAUGAACUUUCCUACACUUUUCUUCGGCAACCCGCGUGAUGAUGACAUUGUCAAAAGAUUUAGCUACCAAAAAAUUGCACAAUGGGAAUUGUCAAAUUCACAAAGACAUUUCGCAUACCAUACAACCAACCUAUUUUUCAAAACCAUCAAAAUACUUAUACAACAAGUAUUGUCUACCAUGUCAAUUAGAAUCCGAAAAGGCCAAUUGAAAGGUAGAAAGCUACUAGCAAAAGACGUCAAACAUAAACCAAACCUAGAAAAAUUGUUGAAAUCAGAUAUUGGCUAUGUUGACUUCAAAAGAAUAAGAAUAUCACCUGACUACAUACACCAACUAAAGAAAAAUGUAUUUGCAAUGAUACGCCAAUUAGGACCACCAACUUUUUUCCUCACUUUCACUAGUGCUGAACAAAAUUGGAAUGCUUUGACAAGCACACUUCAAGAACUCCACAACAUGCAUCAAUCAACAUUACAACAAGAAGAAGCUUACAACAUAAAUCAAAUAGAUAAAUUUCAACUCAUCAAAAGAGAUCCAGUCACUUGUGCACGCUACUGUAGACAUAGAAUAAAUGCACUAAAAAAGCUAAUAAGUACAGAUGACUCUUUCUUUGGAAAUGUAUUGGACUACUUCUCUGUAACUGAAUUCCAAAAUCGAGGCAAUGAGCAUGACCAUUUUUUGAUAUGGGUAAAAGAUGCACCAAUUUAUGGAAAACAUAGCAAUUCAAGUAUUAUAGAGUUUGUUGACAAGUACAUUACAUGUGCAACUGAACACCUAGAACCUAGCAUAGCCAUACUACACAAGCAUCAUCAUACAAAGCAAUGUAGGAGAUCAAAAAAUGGAGCUUGUAGAUACAAUUUUCCACUCCCACCAGUACAAAAAACUAUGAUACUAGAACCACUAAUAGAAAAGAACGAAACAAUAAUAUCAAUCGCCAACAAUAUUCUUUCAAAAUUGCAAACAACAAACUAUAACAUUUCAUUCACCUUCCAAAUGUUCUUCAAUGAACUAGACAUUACCAAAGAUGAGUACAUAAUUGCUUUGAGGUCUACAAUCCAUAGACCCACUCUCUUCUUACAAAGGAAACCAUCAGAAACAUGGAACAAUAGCUUUGGGAGAAAAAUCCCACAGCUCUGGAAAGCAAAUACAGAUGCACAAUUUGUGCUUAAUGCAUAUGCUGCAGCAAUGUACUGUAGCUCAUACAUGGCAAAAGUUGAUAAGUCAAUGACACAAGCAUUCAAAAGAAUACACAAAGAGCACCAACAAGACAAUAUUGAUGCAAUAAAAAUGAUAAGCAAACUUGGAAACACCUUGCUCAACCUACAACAAAUGUCAUCACAACAAGUUGCUCACAUUGUUCUAUCACUUCCAUUGAAUUAUAGCUCAAGAAAAUGCAUAUUUAUUGACACACGAUCUGACAACAACCGCACAUUUAUAUUGAAACCUGUCGAACUAUUAAAUAAGGAACCAGAUGAGUCAGAAAAUGUAAUCUGUAACUCUUUAAUUGACUACUACAUAAAACGACCUCAAGCAAUUGCACACAUUUGUCUUGCAGAAUUCGUCUCAAAGUACAACAAAAAAGGCAACAAAAUCAAUGCAAAGACUAAACCAAAUGUUAUACGCUUUAUCAAUUUCAACAAACAUACUGAUUUAGAGAAUCAUUGUAGAGAACAAUUACUACUCUACGUGUCUUUCAUAAUAAACGAACAUACAUUGAAACAAAAUGUCAAUACAUGGGAAGAUGCCUAUUUACUUCAUGAAAAAACAAUUCAAAGAAACCGUACAAAGUUUACAUACAAUAUAAAUGCUACAUGGGGUGACAUUGAAAAAGCUAUUCAUGAAAUUAACUAUGAAGACAAUAACACUCAUACCCAAUCCUCCAUAGGUCAAACAAGUAAACAAAAUGAACAAUAUGACAUGCAUGAAGAUAUGCAAACCGUACAUUGCAACAAAAUUAAUAACAUAGCCCCCAAUGCAUUCGAAAUUUCUCAACACCCACAAAUUAUGGACAACAAUGACUAUUACAAAUUGAGGCAAAUGUUAAACAAAGAACAACAAACAAUUGUCAAGGACAUUAUAAUGAAAAAAUUAAAAAACAUCAAAGCUCCAUUGCACUUGUUCUUGACAAGAGGAGCUGGAACUGGAAAGACUUUUACUGCAAAGGCCAUUUACCAAGCACUUCUUCGCAUCUACAAUAACUCAAUUGACAAUGACCCAGAGAAACCAAAGGGCCUAAUAACUGCAUUCACAGGAAAAGCAGCAUACAAUAUAGGUGGAACAACAUUACAUUCAACAUUUCACAUACCUUUCAACAAGUCAGAAUUUGUUCCAUUAAACACUGAAACACUAGAUGCAAUGUCUAAGCAUUACUAUCAAUUACAUGUACUUCUUAUAGAUGAAAUAUCACUAGUAGGAUCAACAUUUUUACGCUACAUUGACAAACGAUUACGUGAUAUAAUGCAAACGCCUACCGUAUACUUUGGAAAUCUUGAUACGAUUUUUUGUGGUGACCUUUAUCAAGCACAACCUGUACUUGACUCUGUUGUAUUUGAAAAUGCCCCAACUUCAACAGAACUAAUGCCUUACAAUUUUUGGAAAGACAACAUAAAAUGCUACUCAUUAAAAACAACAAUGCGGCAAAAAGACGCCAAGUUCAUCUCAGUCCUCAACAGAAUUAGAAUAGGUCAACAAACAGAUGAUGAUUUACAGUAUCUAAACUACUUUUGCUUCCGCCCACCACCCAUUGACCCAACAUUCCCUUUUUUAUUUUAUAGGAGAAAGGACGUUGAUAUCCAUAAUAAUAAUAUGCUAUCUAUCAUACCUGGCGAAUUAAUAGUAUUAAAUGCAAUCGAUGAACAAGAGGAAAACAACAAUGCGAUCCGUCUAUAUAACCAUACAACCGCUCUACCAACUCAAAUAAACUUAAAACCAAAUAUCCUCGUAGAAAUCUUCGCAGGAAACUACAACACACAAGACGGCCUGGUGAAUGGAUCAGAUGGAAUAUUUAAAGCAUACACAAAACACCAGGAUUUUGAUAUUAUUUGGAUAAAAUUUAAUGACUCAAAAAUUGGACAACAGCAAAAGAAAAAACUAGCACAUUGCUAUGUCCAGCACAUUGAUAAAGAUUGGGUGCCCAUACUCAGAGUUGCUAAGCACAUACAGAAAAUAUUGACAAACACAAAAAUUGUUAUUCGAAAACAGUUCCCAAUACAAAUAGCAUGUGCACGAACCAUACAUCGAUCACAAGGACUCACAAUGCAAGGCCUAGCUUUUGACCCAACUAGCAUAAAACAACAUGGUUUAACAUACACAGCACUUUCGCGAACAAGAUCUAUUGAAUCUUUAUAUCUUCUCAAACCUCUAAAUCCAACAAAUUUCAAAGUCAAACAAAAGAUAUGCCUAGAAAUGUCUCGCCUUGAAUCAGAUGCACAAUGGCAAUUUGAAAAUGAGAUCACAUGUUCAAAUAACACAUCACAAAUGCUUCUAUGCACAUUAAACACUCGUAGCUUAAAAGCCCAUAUAAAUGACAUUGUCAAUGACUAUGAUAUAAUGUCAUCUGACAUCUUGUGUUUACAAGAACUACACAUGAAUCCCUCUCAAACCAACAAUGUCUUUGAAUAG